AUGAAUGAUACUGGUGAGAUGUGUAAGAAAAGGUCUCCGGCUAAGGUAUUAUGGUAUCUUCCAAUUAUACCGAGAUUUAGGAGACUCUUCUCGGAUGAAAAAACUGCAAAAUUAUUGAGGUGGCAUGCUGAUGGGAGGAAGAAAGAUGGGUUAAUGAGGCAUCCUGCUGAUUCCCCGCAAUGGAGGAACAUUGAUCGAAAGUUCAAGGACUUUGGUGAAGAAGAUCGAAAUCUUAGGCUUGGUCUUAGUAAAGAUGGAAUGAACCCAUUUGGGACACUAAGUACCCAAUAUAGCACCUGGCCAGUUCUUCUAACUAUCUACAGUUUGCCUCCGUGGUUAUGCAUGAAGUCUAGAUACAUUAUGUUGUCCCUUCUAAUAUCUGGGCCUAAACAACCUGGAAAUGACAUUGAUGUGUAUCUAGCGCCUCUCAUUGAAGAUUUGAAAUUGUUAUGGAAUGAAGGUGUCCAAAUGUUUGAUGCAUAUAGUAAAACCAAUUUCACUUUACGUGCCAUGAUUUUUUGUACGAUAAAUGACUUCCCAACUUAUGGGAAUUUGUCGGGGUACACUGUGAAGGGAAGAACUCCUUGCCCCAUUUGCGAAGAUGAUUUGGAGGCAUUGCGCCUAGACAAUUGUGGCAUGCAUGUAUACAUGGAUAAUCGAAGACAUCUUCCAGAAGACCACCCUUUUCGAUUCAAUAAGGAUGCUUUUAAUGAAAAAGUGGAGUUGAGAGAAUCUUGUGCCCCUUUACGUGCAAGUGAGGUUUAUCAGCGGGUCAAAGACAUUGAGAAUGAGUUUGGUAAGCCUUACAAAAACAAAUCAACUAGGGGUUACAAGAAGAAGUCUAAGCUGUGGUCUCUUCCAUAUUGGAGACAUUUGGAAGUUAGACAUUGUCUAGAUGUAAUGCAUAUUGAGAAAAAUAUAUGUGAUGCCAUAGUGGGAACUUUAUUAAACAUGCCAGGAAAGACAAAGGAUGGAGUUAAAGUAAGAAAAGACAUGGCUGCUAUGGGUCGUUCAGAGUUGGCACCCGAAUCUCGAGGAAAACGCUGUUGCCAUUCGAGGAAUUUUGCCACCUCAAGUGAGGUUAUUCAUCUUGUACGUGAAAUUAAACUUUGUGGGCCAGUGUGUAUGAGAUACAUGUAUCCUUUUGAACGAGAAAUGGGUGACUUAAAGGGAAAAGUCAUGAAUUUGGCCAAACCUGAAGCUAGUAUUGUACAACGAACAGUUGCUGAGGAAGUGGCAGCAUGGGUUGCUCAAUAUCUUGCACGUUCACAGAAAAUUGGGUUGCCAAAGUCUCGACACGAUGGGAGGCUUGGAGGUCAAGGUACUAUUGGCAGGAAAAGGAUAUACAUGGGCUUUGAAAUGAAAAAUAAGGCAGAGCUUUUUGUGUUGCAAAAUCUUAGUGAGGUUCAUCCUUACUUGGACGAGCACAUGGUUUUUCUUAAAAAUAAAUAUCCUUCCAAAAGUGAUCUUCAGCUGAUAAAGGAGCAUAAUUGUUCAUUCGUUACAUGGUUCAAGGAACAAGUGAUGUCCCAACUAUCCACCACACAUUGA